GGUGACUUCAUUGUGGCCGCGCCCAGCCAAACUCUGUCCAGUGAAGAGUAGCACAUGCUGAGGGAGACGGCCAAUCUAGGUAUUAUGAAAGAGUGCAAUAUCCAGUACGCCCUGCACCUGUCCUCUUGAGAGUACUAUAUCAUUGUGAUAAGUGCACACUUCUCCAGAAGCUCAGCAUUGGCGCUGAAAGUCACAUUUGGAUACAUUGUCACCAAAAUACCUCGCUGGGACUUGGUCCCCUUCCACAGAAUGUCUCGGAAGAUCGGCAGUGCCCUGAAGAGCGUUGGAGGGGUGCGGGAGUUGCCAUGGCGACUGAACACUGGCACAGAUUAAAACCAAUCCUGGAUCAAAUAAUAAUUUUGAUGUCUUCAUAUUCUCGCACUGUUCUACAACUAUAACUGUCCAAUCAUUGUUAUUGAUACAACCAGCAUCGAUAUUUGAUAUCCUGAAGUUCCUGUUUCC